AUGAUCCCUAUAAUAAACCACGAGGGCCAUGAUCUCAUCAUACUGGAGAAAUCAUCCUUACUUGAACAACAACAACAACAUGGUCAUAUAUAUAACAAAUACAUCAAAUUCAUUGAUUCAGUGCUUUGUAAAACGAUUCAUAAUCCCAUCAUCACUUCAUUAAUCAUUUUAAUCUCAAUCUCAUUAAUUCAAUCCUUUCAAAUCUCCCAAUUAAUCACUACUACUUCCAAUCAAUCAUUUGUAUUCAUUGAUGAUUAUAUCUUUGAUAUCAUCUCCAAUCUUAUUAAUAUCUUAUUCAUCAUAAGAUUCCAAUACUUUAUAAGAUUCCCCUUGAUUUGUGAAAUCAUUUUAUUCAUUACUCAAAAUAUCAUUUGUUUAAACCUUUUAUUCAAUAAUAAUUUUAAUAUUUUAUCCCUUUUAAAUUGGAAUAGUAUCGAUAGUAUAUUCUUUACAUCUUUAAAAAUAUUCCUCAUCAUUCAAAUAAUCUUUCCUUAUAUAAUCCUUAUCAUUAAUAUCUUUGAUUAUAAACAUUCAGAAGGAAGUAUUCAUUCAUUUUUAUCAGAUUGUAAUAAUAAUUAUUUACCUAUUUUCAUAAGUCAUUCCUUUCUAUUCAUAAAUUAUAAUUUCCCUUUGAUAUUAUUAUCAUCAAAUCAUCCAUUAUUUACAUGUCUUAAAUCAAAUUUAAUCUUUAUUUUUAAAAUUGCAUCCUUUUCAUUCAAAUUUUAUAUCAUUUAUAAAUUCAUCUUGUAUGAAAUUAUAAUGAUAUUAUUUAAUAAGAUUAAUAUUAAUGAUUAUUCAGUAUUUUAUAAACCUCAAAGGGAAGCGAUUACAGAGAAAGAGCAACAACAAGUAUCUACUACUACGACUAAUUCAUUUGAAAAGUGGUCAAAUCAUCUUAUGAUCACAACAUGUUCCAUCAUAACCUUGAUAGAUUUAUUAUUUAUAACAAUUUCAUUAUAUUUAACAACAAGUGGUAAAAUAUAG